AUGGACGCCUUUCCACAUCAAUUGCAGACGCCUCUGGAGCUAGAUUAUUUAGUAAACACUCUACGCAGCCCCAACCCAUCUUUGACAGUGCAAAAUGUCUUGGGUUAUCUAUACAACUACCUACCAUAUGUGAAGCAUGAACACAACUUGAGGAUUGUGCUUGCAAGUUUUUUGAACAAUCCUGUAUGUUUUGGCGCUGAAUUGCCGUCAUUUGUCGACAACUACUUAAUAAUUGAAGUAUUUAAACUCAUCACAGAGAAGAAACUCAAGGUAUCCCAGCCAACAUUACCCGUCAAGGCCUUCUACCGAGUGCUCGAAAAAGAGCUCCACAACUUUGCGCUUUUCGACCCACUCAAAAAUAGCUGGAAGGUCUUGCCAAUUAUUGCAGGCAUCUCACUUGCCAAUACUUGCCGCGAUCAGCUACUUCCAAGUUUUAUAGAACACCGCUGGUUUUUCUCUGACUUUGAUUCUUCAAUGCGCUCGCUUUUUGCCAAAAGCUUUCAAACCUCCAUGUUGGGAACAGCCCACAUAGAUAUUGUGAAUCUUUCUUUGAUCAGUCUGGCAUUGAUUUAUAAACCUUCUGGAACCUUGCAAGAUUAUCUCGGGUUAGCUGAUUCAAAAUUAGUCAUUCGAAAGCUCACAAACCUCUUAUAUGGACCUAGCGGUGGUGCACAAAUUUAUGGGUUUUUCGCUCAUUGUAGCCCGAAUGAUAAAAACAUUGAGCAGCUCCUUACCCGAAAUGUCCUCCAACACCCGACGGUUAAGCAUUUGAAUCGUUUGUCCUUUUUACUAGAAAAACUCUUCCAGGAUUUAGAUUACAGUCCUGAAUCACAUGAUCUUGUCUGUGAAUCUGUCGCCUUGAUUUUAGUCUUUGAUCGAAAGAUUAAUUAUUUUACGGAAUCGCAAGAGUUUUUCAAUAAGGGGACCCAAAAUCUUAAAGACGGCGAUAUGUUCGCACAACAAUACUGGUUUUUGAUGAAGAGUAUUUUGUUCUCACAAGUUCUCAUAUUUCAGGGUAUGAUUUCGAGGUUUUUGUCCCUGAAGAAAAGGGGGCUUUUAUCUCAAUUUUUCUCUUCGAAGAAACAUAGUUCUAGAUUUGAAUGCCAGUACAGAGAAAUCUGCUCCACAAUGCUCCAUUGUCUUUAUUAUCUCAACUUUAUUUUGAUGGCGAUUGGUCAGGGUGGCUUUGAUGGAUACAACUUCAUUUAUUAUGUGGCAUUAGAGAUUGUCUUGCAAAACAAUAGUCCCAAGAGAUUCGAAUACUUUUCUCGCUUGUUAAUCGGGAACUACGAAGUGAACUUACACCCACAAACCCUCAAUUGCAGCUAUGUUGCAAGAUGCAAAGUGCUUUUUGUACUUGGCUUAUGGGAAAAUUACUUGCAGCAGUCCCAUGUGAAAGAUAAAGAAUUUCUAGAGUAUCUUUACGCAACUACGUUUGAUAUCGUCAAAGAUCCUUAUCUCCAAGAUGAUGAUCUUUGUGAAGCAGGACAUUCAGUAAUGUUGUCUUACUUCUCAGGGAUGGAGAACAGCCGAGAAAACAUGCAAAAGGUCUUGCAAUACUUUGAACUCCUCAUUGGCCAGUUUCCUCAACGGCUCUCUGCCUAUCAACUCAGUGUAGCGGUUGAAACUUUGGGUAAAAAAAUUAUGGCACACUCUAUGAGCUACGACAACUCACUUUACAAGAAUACCAUUGAUGAAUUCUUAUCCUUUGUUUAUAACAAGUGUUUUGACACAGUUCCUGGUCAAAGUAUUGAGAACCCUAAGGUCGUUUUAUUUAACUCGGCACAACCAAUUUCUGAGAUCGAGGCAUCCUCGACCAUGUCUCAGCUCAAGGAUGACUCGGGAACCACUAAUAUAAUUGAUGACAACAAAGGUGAAAAACCAAGAGAUGCGGCAUACAUUGAUGUGUUUUCAACUGCUCGAAAUGACCCCACAGAGAAUUUCGGGAUCAGAGAAACCCCCAAUACAUCUAGGGAAGGUAUCAUAAUGGCUUUCAUGAAUGUUGUGCCUUACCUUCCCAUGAGUGUUUUCAUACACUGGCUUAACAAAAUUUGGAGACUUAUCAUGUCCAGCAAUAAAGAAGAACAGAAUUUCUUGAUUGGCAAAUUGUGGAAGUGCCUUAGUGAGAACUUGGACCUCAAUAGAUGUGAAAUUGCGUACAAAUGGUGGUAUGAAACUUUGAGAGCAGCGGAAUUAAAUCUUGGGCACCAGCCGGCUCUAUUCAAAUUGUGA